AUGGAGAAAAAAUGUAAUAAUAGUAUUUCAAAAUAUUUGUAUAAAUUGUUUUUUAUUUUUUUUAUCUUUAUUACAUUAAUUAAUGCACAACUUGGUAAUGAUAAAGCUGAAGUAAAUAUACGUGUUUCUGGAGCAUGUUCACCUAUAUAUCUUUCAAGAAAAGGUAUUGAAAUUUCUAAAUAUCGUCCAUCAAUACGUUUUAAUCCUGAUAAAAUUCAAUUAAUACCAAAAAAUCCAACAAUUCCUGGAUGUGUUAAAAUUAAAGCAGAAGGUGUAGAGAUACUUAAACCUAUUAAAAAUAUGAUUGCUGAGGUAGAAAUGAGAAUUGCUGGAACUCCAGAUCCAAAUAUUCCAACAUUACCUUGUACACAAAAAAUAAAUUCUAAAGUUAAUCAAUGCCCAUGUGCUAAAACAGAAGGAAGUUGUAUGUUUUGUGAUUUUUGUAGGCAAAUGAAAAGUCAAUCUGGUUCAAAGGUAGAUUUAAGGCAAACAUUUAGUAGUGUUGUAGCAGGAAAACCAUCAGAAGAUACAUGUAAAUGUGAACCAAUACAACCUGGUAUGUAUGAUAUUGAAACAGAAAUGUGUACUCCAGAUAUUGAUGAUGCUAAAGAUUAUAUACCACCAGAAAUUCAAAAUAAUAUUUUAGAAAAAAGACCAAUAUCAAUGUUUAUUACUGUUUAUUUAAUGGAUAUGGAAAAUAGACCAAAUGAAAGUUAUACAUCAGCAUUUGGUAAAGCUAUUCUUCAAAGACGAAUGGCACAAUCAACUAUAGCUUGUUUCUUAAUGGGUAUUGAUGUCACAUUAGGAGGUAUGGGAAAAUAA